AUGCCAAUUUUCAAGGAACUCAAUCUCGUGCCAAGGGUCACGAACCCAUUUCCGCCGCUACGAGAGACGCAAUGCAAUUCACCGUCACAAAGAGGUCGAUGGUGCGAUGGGUUUUCCAUCGACACGGACCCUGACGAGGAUGGACCUACGACUGGGAAUGUCUGUGAAUACUUGUUCAUCAUCACAAACACCACCAAAGACUUCGACGGGGUGGAACGUCUUGCGCUGGCAGUCAACGGGCAAGUUCCCGGUCCAGCGAUUGAAUGCCAGUGGGGAGACAUUCUACGGGUCAAUGUGACGAACAAGAUGCAGAACAACCAGACAGCGAUGCAUUGGCACGGUCUCAGUCAGCGUGGCGGCACCACCAACGACCAAGAUGGAGUCCCUGGAGUGACAGAAUGUGCCAUUCCGCCGGGUCACAGCCGAAUAUACGAGUUCAAGCUGAAGCAGUUCGGUACAGCUUGGUGGCAUUCCCAUGCUUUGUCCCAGUUUGGCGACGGGAUCCGCGGUCCAAUCAUCAUUCAUGGACCCGCGACAGCCGACUACGACAUUGAUAUGGGCGCCAUCAUGAUCGACAACCUGUUCGACAACAGUUCCAACCCGAUCUCGACUCCAGCCUAUGCCUCUCGCGUUCUCCACGUAAAUGGAACGGGCUUUUGGAACUACGUUCUGAACGGUGCAAACACCUCACCCGACCUGACGAGGGGCAGACACGCCUUCUGGUCGGUGAAGCCAGGGAAGAGGUACCGUUUCCGCAUCAUCAAUUCCGCCGUCCAGUCGGCAUGGGCCGUCCACUUUGACCACCAUAAGAUGACGGUCAUUGCAGCGGAUCUCGUCCCCAUCAAGCCCUACACGACCGAGUGGCUCAAUAUCGGCAACGGCCAGCGAUACGACGUGAUUGUCGAAAUGGACCAACCGGCGGAUGCGUACUUUCUGCGCGCCGUGGCUCAGCUGGGCUGUCCUGACGAAACACAAAACAACGGUCUCGGCUUCGCGAACGGGAUUUUCCUGUAUCAAGGGGCGCCCCUCCACCUUCCCUCGUCCACGGCGGGAAACAAGACGGCUGCAGACUUUCUGUAUUGCGCCGAUGAGCCGUUGUCUUCGCUCACCCCGUGGAUCGAGAAGAGCGCUGGGUCCCGUGCGGCAUUUGAAGCAAAGGCCAAGACCCUCCCGAGUGGUGACCGCUACCGCCUUACAUUCAGUGACGACGGCACUGUGUGGCGUUGGCCCCUGAACGGCACCAUCACUGUGAACUACACCCAACCGACCCUGGAGCUUCUUGCUCGUGGAAUCUCUCCGUACGAUAGGCCUAUUGAACAGCAAAUUGUCCUCCCGGAAAAGGACCAAUGGGUUUAUUUCAUCAUCCAGAACUUGUUUUAUGCGGCCCAUCCGAUGCACCUCCACGGCCACGAGUAA